UGGGAGGUCCCACCUUCUAGUCUUGUAUGGGCAAAGGUUUCUCGAUUCGUUGAUUUGCUCACUUGAAUACUUUAUAUUUUUUUCCCUCCACCUUCAUAUUCUCCAGCACACACAGCUGUCCAUUCAUCCGCUGGGAUCUUAACCGCAGAAACAGCAGCUGAUAAUAAUAAUAAUAAUAAGAUGGGUGAUGUGUCUGCAGAAGCUGUCACCCUGGAUUUGUUGAGAGAAGCCAGGGAGAGGGUGAGGAGCAGCCCGCUGGGUGUCAUAAACACCCCCAUGAUCCCCUGGUGUCAGACCACGCUGCCUUUGAACGUCAGCUGCAGCGUCCACAUCAAAAUGGAAAACAUGCAGAGAACCGGGUCCUUUAAAAUCAGAGGAGUGGCCAAUCAGUUCUCCAGGAGACCGAGGAGAGGAUGUUUUGUGACUUUGUCUGCAGGGAACUAUGGGAAGUCUUUUGCGUACGCCUCAAAGCACUACGGGUCAAAGGGAAAGGUGGUUAUGCCAGAAACAGCCCCAGAGUCCAGGGCCACCUUAAUCCAGAGUUUUGGGGUGGAAGUGGAGCGAGUUCCCACUUCGUCGCUGAUGAGUGUGGUGAACCGUUGUGUUCAGGAGAACAACAUGACCUUACUGCACCCCUACGAUGACCUGGAUCUGAUAGCCGGACACGCCAGCCUGGGCUUGGAGGUGCUGGAGGUGGUCCCGGAGCCGGAUGUGGUGGUGGUCUGCUGUGGUGGGGGUGGGCUGCUAUCCGGGGUUGCAGCUGCCAUCAAGCUGUCAGGGCUCAAUAAAACACGGAUCUAUGGUGUUGAACCAGAAGGAGCUUGCACGAUGUACCAAAGCUUUAUUGAGAAGAAGCCAGUGUGGAUGGAUGCAAAGAGCAUCGCCUCGGGGCUUGCACCUCCUUCUGCAGGCAGGCUACCUUUUGAGCUGUGUCGGCUCUACGUGGAACAGAUCAUCCUGGUGAGCGAUGAGGAAAUCAAGGCAGCGGUUUCCACGCUCUUCAGAGCCGGGCUGGUGGUGGAGCCGGCAGGUUCAGCUGCCUUUGCAGCUCUGGUCAACAACAAGGUCCCCGACCUGGAGGGGAAGAAGGUGGUCUGCAUACUCAGCGGAGGGAACGUGGGGAAAGACGAACUGGCCAACUUUCCAGACUGAACAAACUCAAAAGAUUUUCUACACAUUAAAUCAAGACAAAAAUUUUAUUUCCUGAUAUCUCAGCUCUUUCACACAGUAGAAACUCAUUUUUUUCUAGUAGUUUCUUUUUCUCUUUCUGGAUCCAAAAUAAAUCCAAUUAAGCAUCUAAAUAAA